GGGAAGCUGCUUGUGGGUCCUUUCCCUUUGCAUGUGUGCCCAGGUGGAGGCUGGGCUGGUCCCUGCACUGGCCAGGUGUGAUGGCCCCGACAGGGUUGGCAUUCACACUAAUGGGGGGGGGGCGUCCUGGCCACAGCUGAGCUUCUGCUCUCCACGGGCUCUGAGCGCUCACUCUGCUCCAGACUGACUGGCCCUCGAGCACGCCCCCACUCGCACAGGCCCCGCCUGUUCUUUCCUUGGGGGAGCAGGAGGCAGUCCUGGCAGUGCCAGAGGUCCCCUCCACACUGCGGACGGCUGCUCGGCCAGGACAGGCGGUGUGAGUUUUAUGACCGGGAAGAGCUGUGGCCCUCGCAGACCUCAGUGUUCCCUUGUCUGUCUGCUGACUGAGGGCUCCUCGGAUAGUCACAGAACAGUUGUUGGAAAGUAAUGUCAGCCGCCUCUCCUCGCACCAGAACGCUGCCUUACUUUUGUCAGCCUUAAGAAAUCCUCUGUUUCAGAGUCACUUUAUGGCUCUGAGCACGUCACUUCUGUCUGCCAUCCGAGGGUUGUCACAGCCGCAGCAGAACCUGGAGCCUCGCAGGCGCCUCCUGUCCGACCCUGGAGUGCUCACCAGAGCUCAGCCUUGAAAUCCGUGCUCUGGCUGGGAGUCCUCACUUGCCCCAAAGUGUAUUUCAGGCAAAUUAAGGCCCCUCAUGGUUCCUGAUACUUGGUCUGUCGCAGUGUCCCAGGGACCUGGCUGUGGAGACGAGCCCUUGCUGCCCUUGGUGGCCUGCCGUGGUCACCCUGUGCCUUGACCACCCCAGUCGAGCCUGUGGGGGACAGUACUGUGUUGCUCCCCGGCCCAGGGCCUUAGACGAGCCUGGGGAAAGCAGCCCCCUCUGCCCUUGCACACUGGGAAAACUACCUCCUUCCCCACUAGUCACCAUGGGCAGUCACGCGUGGGCUGUUCAGUGAAAACAGUGAAUGUGUCAGCUUUUUUCUUUGGAUCAUUUUCAAAAUCAGAGCUUAAAACAGAAUUUUCCCAAACUGCUACUGAGCACCAAGGUUGCCCAGAAAUAGGACCACUUCCUCUCCCCGACCUGGCCGGCAGGGUGACUACUGGACAGCCUCCAGCCCGGUCAGCCCCCAAAGGAGUAGAGCGGGUGGGUCUCGGAGCCCAUCCUCGGUGUCCUAGUGCCUGCGGAUCUUUAGGUUCAAGUGCCCACAACCCAUGUCUCGGGAAGAAAGUGUGUGGAGGGCUUGCGUUCCGGUCCCUCCCAUCCUGCUUCUAAAUGUGUGCGUUUGUGUCCUGCCCGCAGGUGGGUCGCUGACCAAGCUGGCCUAUUACUCCACGGUCCAGCACAAAGUCGCCAGGGUGAGGUCCUUCGACCUCUCAGGCCAGGAUGCGGAGCAGGACCACGAGUCGCCCUAUGAGAUCUCCGUCCAGGAGGAGGUGACCGCUCGGCUACACUUCAUCAAGUUCGAAAACACCUACAUAGAGGCCUGCUUGGACUUCAUCAAAGACCACCUGGUCAACACAGAGACCAAGGUCAUCCACGCGACCGGGGGCGGGGCCUACAAGUUCAAGGACCUCAUUGAGCAGAAAUUGGGACUAAGAGUUGACAAGGAGGAUGUGAUGACCUGCCUGAUAAAGGGGUGCAACUUCGUGCUGAAGAACAUCCCGCAUGAGGCCUUUGUGUAUCAGAAAGAUUCUGACCCCGAGUUCCGAUUCCAGACAAAUCACCCCAACAUUUUCCCAUAUCUUUUGGUCAACAUUGGUUCUGGGGUCUCUAUUGUGAAGGUGGAGACCGAGGACAGGUUCGAAUGGAUCGGUGGCAGCUCCAUCGGAGGUGGCACCUUCUGGGGGCUUGGGGCCCUGCUCACCAAAACAAAGAAGUUUGAUGAGCUACUGCAUCUGGCCUCCAGGGGGCAGCACGCCAACGUGGACAUGCUGGUGCAGGACAUCUACGGUGGGGCCCACCAGACCCUGGGGCUCAGCGGCAACCUCAUCGCCAGCAGCUUUGGGAAGUCAGCUACUACUGACCAAGAGUUCUCCCAGGAGGACAUGGCCAAGAGCCUGCUGCACAUGAUCAGCAAUGACAUCGGGCAGCUCGCCUGCCUCUACGCGAAGCUCCAUGGCCUGGACCGGGUGUACUUCGGCGGCUUCUUCAUCCGGGGCCAUCCAGUCACCAUGCGCACCAUCACCUUCAGCAUUAGCUUCUUCUCCAAGGGGGAAGUCCAGGCGCUGUUCCUGAGACAUGAAGGCUACCUGGGAGCCAUCGGAGCGUUUCUAAAAGGAGCUGAACAAGACAACCCGAACCAGUACAGCUGGGGAGAGAACUACGCCGGCAGCUCCGGGCUGAUGAGCUCAUCCCCCGAGCUCUGCCCCACGCAGCGGGCAAAGAGCGGCACCUUCGACUUGCUGGAGAUGGACCGGCUGGAGAGACCGCUGGUCAACCUGCCGCUGCUUCUGGACCCAUCUUCCUACGUGCCAGACACGGUGGACCUCACGGACGACGCCCUGGCCCGCAAGUACUGGCUCACCUGCUUCGAGGAGGCCCUGGAUGGGGUAGUGAAACGUGCUGUGGCGAGCCAGCCGGGAUCCGUGGACGCGGCUGAGAGAGCCGAGAAGUUCCGCCACAAGUACUGGGACAAGCUGCAGACGCUGCGACACCAGCCCUUUGCUUACGGGACCCUGACUGUGCGCAGCCUUCUGGAUACGAGGGAGCACUGUUUGAAUGAGUUCAACUUCCCAGAUCCUUACUCCAAAGUGAAGCAGAAGGAGAACGGUGUGGCCCUGAAGUGCUUCCAGAGGGUGAUCCACGCCCUGGACGCGCUGGGCUGGGAGGAGCGGCAGCUGGCCCUGGUGCAGGGUCUGCUAGCCGGGAACGUCUUCGACUGGGGAGCCAAGGCUGUGUCUGACGUCCUUGAAUCUGACCCCCAGUUUGGGUUCGAGGAGGCGAAGAGGAAGCUGGAAGAGCGGCCCUGGCUGGUGGACUCCUACGGCAAGUGGCUUCAGAGAAUGAAGGGGCCCCCUCACAAAUGUGCCUUAAUUUUCGCAGAUAACAGUGGAGUAGACGCCAUUUUGGGAGUCUUCCCCUUUGUCAGGGAGCUUCUGUCUAGAGGGACGGAGGUCAUCCUGGCGUGCAACUCGGGGCCCGCCCUGAACGACGUGACCUACAGCGAGUCCCUCAUUGUGGCCGAGCGCAUCGCGGCCAUGGACCCUGUUGUCCACUCGGCGCUCAGAGAAGAGAAACUGCUGCUGAUGCAGACGGGCUCCAGCUCCCCGUGCCUAGACCUCAGCCGCCUGGACAAGGGGCUGGCCAUGCUGGUGCGGGAGCGCGGCACGGACCUGGUGGUCAUCGAGGGCAUGGGCCGCGCCAUCCAUACCAACUACUACGCGGCCCUGCGCUGCGAGAGCCUGAAGCUGGCCGUCAUCAAGAACUCCUGGCUGGCGGAGCGGCUGGGCGGCCGGCUUUUCAGCGUCAUCUUCAAGUAUGAGGUCCCUGCUGAGUGACGCACCCGCCAUGGGCCUCUGCUCACCGCUUGUCAGGAAUGGACUCGACCGCGACAGGGACGCCGUGCUCACACCGGAAUAUUUAUGUUGUGCUGUGACUGGGCCCGUGCGCCCGAGCGGCCUGGCGCUCCUGCGUGGGCUCGUUUCUUCAAUGCUGCCGUGUUCGUGGUGGAGACGACCUGUCAGCGGGACAUUCGUAUUGGAAUGUAUUUAACUGUUAAAUAAUGUUUUAUAUAUAUAUUAAAUAUAUAUAUAUAUAUACACACACACCUGUGUCUCUGACAGGACACGGGCUCGAGGUGCGCACCAAAUACCAAAUAGAGUUUCUAGAGCGA